CUACAGUACGAACUCCUAAUCAAAACAAAAUGUUCAAAUUGUUCCUCCUCGCCUGCUUCCUGGCUGUGGCCGCCGCCAAGCCCGGCAUCGUGCCAGUGGCAUACACCGCGCCAGUAGCGGCGGCAUACACUGCGCCAGUAGCGGCCGCCUACACCGCGCCAGUAGCCUACUCCGCCUACUCUGCCUACACCGCGCCGCUAGCCUACUCCGCCUACACCUACGCUUCUCCGUACUCCUUCUACCUCCGCCGUUGAUUACUCUAUGACCAAAGCCAAAUAAAAGUUUAUUUA